GUCGGAGACAAAGGCAGCAAACUGUCGGGCGGGCAGAAGCAGCGCAUUGCUAUUGCACGCGCACUCAUCAGAAAUCCAAAGAUAUUGAUACUUGACGAAGCAACAAGUGCACUCGACACCGCAUCAGAAGAAAUAGUCCAAGAUGCACUCGACAAAGCAUCUGUUGGAAGAACUACAAUUGUCAUUGCACACAGACUGUCAACUGUCAGAAACGCAUCAAAAAUCAUCGUCGUGAAAGAUGGGAAGGUCGCAGAACAAGGCACACACGACGAGCUGAUUGCUCUCAACUCACUCUACGCAGCUAUGGUAAAACAACAGCAGAUGAGUGACUGA